UGUGAUUGCAACUGCAGAUCGCCGUGGCUGAGUUCAAAUCUGUUCAAUCACAAGAAUUUGGACAUAACAAUAUAUUCUACCGAAAGAACCCUUCUACCAUCCAAACCAUGUCCUCCUCCUCCGAGCAGAACCCCACCCUCAUCGGCGGCCACGCCCAAUACGUCAAAGGCGCAGCAGAGGGCCUUGUCGGCAACGUCACCGGCUCCGAAGCCUGGAAGGCCUCCGGCGAACAGGACACCAAGGCCGGCGUCGACGCCAUGAAGCAGGCCAGCGCCAACCGUGACCCCCAGGCGUCAGGCUUUGGCAAGGCAGAGGAACUCGCGGGCAAGGCGGUCGGUUGCGAGGGCAUGGAGAAGGAAGGUGCGCAGAGCAAGGCGGAGUGAGUCCGAUGGAUUGAUGAGUGGGAGUGGACGGUGAUGGAAACAUUGAGAAUUCGGCCGGAGAGGUUUCCACCAGACCAUGACCUGUCUGCAGGUGGGCGUUUGGACAACACCCCAUGAGAGACGGCGGUGGAUAUUCGAAAGACUCUGAAUGUAAAAAUGAGAUAAUGUAUAUGACGGACGAGAGACUGCCUUUUCCAGAACUGUGAUGGAGUCGAGCAUGGUCUGCCGCGCUGUGAUAAAACAUGCGGGAUGUUGAAAUCUUCCGGAUCAGACAGCCAGCCUCCAGUGACUCUUACAGAUGCAAUAUCGCCCUUCCGCCCUCAACCACGCCGGCGUCUCAUGCGCAUCCUUCAACGGGAUAUCCUCCGUCUCGCUCC